GUCUUUACCCCAGUGUCUGUCUACCGAGUGCUCUCCUGUCCCAAGUGGAAAAAACACACACGAGAGGGUUGCCGCGGCUGCCCCCCCGAGACCUGCUGCCUGGGCGCGACUCAUGCCCACAGUCACCCGUCGACAGCAGGACGAGAGACGCGACGCCGCGCCAAAACCGCACCACACUCCACAGGGGGGCCACGGGACUCAUUAGGACAAAGCCACGCUGAGGGACAUGGCAGGGGCUCUGCCCUCAGCUCACCUGCUGUUUGUGGUUUGCCAGCUUUAUGUGGUCACCUAUGUCCACGCAGGAGCGUAUUACGGGCAUAAGCAGCUGCCACAGCAGCAGCUGCCGCAGCAACACCUGCCCCAGCAACACCUGCCCCAGCACCAGCCCAUGCCACAGAUACCUCAUAUGCCCCAUGGCAAGGAGACCUAUCCCCAGCAGCAAUACGGUGGCAAGGACAUGCACCACAUCCCAUAUGGCAACGAGAUGCCCAUCCUACCACAGUACAGAGAGGAGCCCCACCCACAGAUGCCAAUUCCCAUGGGCAAAGGAAAAGGAAAAGGAAAAGGUGAUAAUAUUCCUAGAGGUGAGAAAGGAAAUGGAGGUGAUGUUGGACCGGUAGGACCAGCAGGACCUCCUGGCCAACAAGGUCCUCCAGGGCAGCCAGGCCAUGGAAUGCCAGGCCCCCCAGGAAAGCCAGGCCCACCUGGCCCACAAGGCUACCCCGGAAUUGGCAAACCAGGAAUGCCAGGUAUGCCAGGUAAACCUGGAGGGAUGGGACCACCUGGACCAAAGGGAGAGUUGGGCCCAGGUGGCGGAGAGGGACCAACUGGAUUGUCAGGACCCCCUGGCCUUCCAGGUCCUCCAGGCCUACCGGGUAUAGGAAAACCUGGUGGACAAGGACUUCCGGGCCAGCCCGGGGGUCGUGGUGAACCAGGUCACAAGGGUCUACCAGGAAUUUCAGGAGUUCCGGGCCCAAAAGGAGACAAAGGGAUUGGUCUUCCAGGAUUGCCAGGACUUAAAGGGCCACCAGGGCCUUCUGGACCACCAGGGCCACCAGGACUGCCAGGCUUGGGAAAAACUGGAUUAAAUGGUCUUCCAGGAGUCCCGGGAGGACCAGGAAAGCCAGGAGGCCCUGGAGAACCAGGGCUGGCUGGUCCACCAGGUGAAGGGGGUGAACCUGGCCCACCUGGUUUUCCUGGCAUGGGGAAACCUGGCCUAGAUGGGUUGCCUGGAAAACCAGGACUUCCUGGUGGCAAGGGGCAACCUGGUCCACCUGGCCUCCCUGGAGGACCAGGGUCACCUGGUCUUGGAAAACCAGGAUAUCCAGGUCCUAAAGGUGACAAAGGACAUGGUGGUCUACCUGGCCAACCAGGUCCAAAAGGUGAAAAGGGUCAUGGUGGCGGUCCAGGGAUGAUUGGCCCACCUGGACCUAGUGGACCUCCAGGCCUUCCAGGACACAUGGGACCACCUGGUGGAAUUGGUUUCCCUGGGCUAAAAGGAGAGGGUGGAAAUGGAGGCCCAAAGGGUCCUACAGGCCCAAAAGGUGAGCCUGGCCCAGCUGGACUUCCGGGAAAGCCGGGAUAUCCAGGGGAAUUAGGCCAACCAGGACCAAGAGGUGUCCCAGGACCACUUGGGCCACCAGGAGAAAAUGGACACAAAGGUUUGCCUGGCCUUCCAGGUCUUCCCGGAAAGCCCGGACCCAAAGCUGAAAAUGGAAUCCCAGGUGAUAAAGGUUUUCCAGGACCCAUAGGAAUCCCAGGUCUAAUGGGCCCUGGUGGACCACUCGGUCCUCCUGGCCUUCCAGGACACAGGGGUGAACCAGGGGGUCCAGGCAAACCAGGUUACCCUGGUGAAGGAAAACCAGGCUUGCCAGGACCUGUUGGACCUCCAGGAAAACCAGGAGGUGGCGGCCUCCCUGGGCAGCCAGGACACCCAGGACAACCGGGUCCACCAGGACCUCCUGGCCCCCCUGCUCAACCUCCAGACAUCACACAAGUUCUACCUGAAUUGGGUUUAGAUGGUAAAGGCUACAAGGGGAAAGGGAAGCCUGGAGCAGACCUUAUCGGUAGGAAUGGACUUGAAAUGCCGGCGUUCACAGCACAGCUUACCAACCCUUUCCCUCCAGUUGGUAGUCCAGUCAUUUUCAACAAAAUCUUGUAUAAUGGCGGUCAGAACUACAAUCCCCAAACAGGUGUCUUCACCUGCAAUGUACCAGGAAUCUAUUACUUUGCCUACCACGUUCAUUGUAAAGGAGCCAAUGUUUGGGUUGCACUGUACAGAAACAAUGAACCAGUAAUGUACACUUAUGAUGAAUACAAAAAGGGCUUCCUAGAUCAAGCAUCAGGAAGUGCAGUACUGCCACUACAGACAGGAGACACAGUACACAUUCAGCUUCCAUCUGAUCAAGCAGCAGGACUUUAUGCUGGACAAUAUGUCCAUUCGUCUUUCUCUGGAUAUUUAUUGUACCCCAUGUAAAAAUAAAUUAAUGAAUUAUAUAAUUGAAUAAAACAGAGUUGGCAGGAUAAUUUCAACAUGUCAUUUAAGACCCGUGAAAUAAAUGUAUGAAGCCUUGGAGUGAAAAGUAUUGUCAUGUUAAAAUGGAUUGAAUGAAUGUGCCAUCAUUAAAUCCAAACCAGCAAUUGCACUGUUUAUAUAAUGAAACACUUGCAAACAUUAUGCUUUCAACUAAAUAGACAUAUGGGCUCUGAGUCAUUCAGGAGCAUUUUACAUAGACACUACAACAUGAAUCUUUCAGUGCAGUUAAAAAUUGUUUCAAUCCAAUCGAGGGCAAUCAUGUUAGUUUGAAGGGAAUCAGAAAGUCGACUGUGAGACUGUUUGGGUUGAAGCUGGAUUUGGAGCAAAAGAUGGUGAUGCCAGUUAGUGAGAUAAUCAGUGCACACUUAUUCAAAGUGUAGAUAUUUUACCUUGUAGUGGAAGACUGUAAAAACAACAGAAGACACUGUAUUUCAAGUGACCCCUCCCCCAUUAGUGCAACAUUGAACACUUGUUAGAAAACCGCAAAUUCAUUCUGGUCUUUUUGUACUGUAAUGUUUCUGUUGGAAUAUUAAAACAAACGUACCAUAUUUCUGCUUAUCAAUUUUUUUUUUAGAUUGUCUGUGACUGUUUUUGUUUGUUUGUUUGUUUUGUUUUGUUUUAAUCAUUGGUAUUUCAUAAACAUUUACAUAUAGGCAGCCUUCAUUUUACGGCAGUUUGCAGUGAUGAUGCAUGUAACAUUUAAAUUUCAAAAUCUCAUAACAUUCAUACAAACAGAAUAGUUAUCUGUGACUUUUCAAAAACAUAUUUCUCUUUCCGUCUAUAUGGAACCAAACUUGAGCAUACAGAUGCUUACUGCAACUAUAGCACAACGUGGUUUGCAAACUUGCCUCAAGGUUCAUUAUGUGUAAAAAAUAUGAAAAGUAAUCUUUAAAAUGACUACAUAUAGCAACUGUAUAUGUGUUUAUACAUUUUGUACUUUUGAAAUGUUUAUUACAUGGGAGCAAUGAUGAAAACUAAAAAAACCCAAAAUGAAAUUGAAAGCCUAUGAAAGACUGAAUGGUAUGGCCAAUUUAAGACAGAUGUAGAUGUCAAAUACAUUACUGUCUGUACUCUUCUUUGUAAUUUAUUUGUUUUACUACUGAAUGCCUACAUUUGUAUAUGUGCUAUGGAGAUGAAGGGAAAUGCAAUGAAUAUGAUUUUGUAACAAUGGUGCUGAACAUUUAAUCAAGUACUGAACUCAUUUCAAUGUUUCUACAAACCUAAUUUUUUAAUAAAGGUAAAUGGAUUACAACCUU